AUGACUACUCAAUUUGCUCGACCAGCUGGUGGUAGUGACCGCCCUCGCCGCCUCUCUGCAGCGGAAGCCACUCGGGACAGCAUCAACAUGGGACCCACCGUCGUGGUGCCUCCGAAGCAUCUGAUGGCACCAAGCGAUGCUUCUGAAAUUGCAACAGCCCUCGAGGCAGCAAGAAACCAACUUGACGCACCUGCCCCUCCUGGCACGCCUCCAACGCCUCCGGAAACCACUGUCACCGACAAGUAUGCGUUUGCCUUCGAUAUCGAUGGUGUCCUCAUCCGAGGUGGACGACCAAUCCCCGAAGCCGUCGAAGCCAUGAAGAUGCUGAAUGGACAAAACGAGCAUGGAAUCAAGGUUCCUUAUAUCUUUCUAACAAACGGCGGUGGGAAGUCCGAGGCUGAGCGCUGUGUUCAGCUCAGCAAGCAGAUGGAGAUGGAAAUCUCGCCAGGCCAGUUCAUCUGCGGCCACACCCCCAUGAGGGAGAUGGCUGAAAAAUAUGGCACUGUUCUUGUCGUCGGCGGCGAGGGUGAGAAGUGCCGUCACGUCGCCGAGGGCUACGGAUUCAGAGACGUCGUCACACCUGGCGAUAUCAUCAAGGACAACCAGGAUACCACACCCUUCAGGAAGUUGACAGCUGAUGAAUACAAGAACUCGCGCGCAAGGAAUUUUGCCGAGGUUAAGAUCGAAGCCAUCUUUGUCUUCGCAGACUCUCGCGACUGGGCCUCCGAUCAACAGAUUAUCCUCGAUCUGCUCAUGUCCAAGGGAGGAUACCUCGGCACCAGGUCUGAGAACUUCGAUGAGGGUCCACCAGUCUACUUCAGCCACAACGAUGUCGUCUGGUCUGCCGGUCACGACCUGACCCGCAUCGGCAUGGGCGCCCUUCGUGUGAGCUUGGAAGCUAUGUUCAAGGCCGUCACUGGCAAGGACCUCAAGACUACGGCUUUCGGAAAGCCCCAGAUUGGCACCUUCCAGUUUGCUACACGUCUACUCCAGCAGUGGAGGAAAGAGUCCCACGGUAUCGACGCUCCUCCGGAGACCGUUUACUUCGUUGGUGAUACCCCCGAAUCCGACAUCCGCGGUACCAAUGAGUACAACGAACAUGCCGACAACAGCUGGUACUCCAUCCUCGUUCAGACUGGAGUCUACCAGAAGGGUACCAAGCCGCGCUUCGAGCCCAAAGCCACAGUCGACACUGUUCUCGACGCCGUCAAGCACGGAAUCGAGCGCGAGUACAAGAAGCAACUGCGAGCCAGCAUGGUACAGACUGGUAUCCUCACCGAGUGCUUCGACCUCUAA